GUCUAGAUAAUGAUGAAUAUUAUUGUUUGCGCUAUAUAAUUUCCUCGCAGCAAUUCGCCGGGUUUAAAUCCGCAGCCUUCACGCGGUCACAACCAUGCAACGCUUUGCAUUGCCUCCACACCGAAGCUAGCCAUGCCUGCCUCCUCUGCUUCCCGCCUCCUCCUCUGCCUCUGCUCCUUCACUCUGCUCUCCCACUUCUCCGCCGCCUCGCCUCACGGCCUCCGCUUCUCCGUCGAGGACAUGGCCGCGGUGGAGAUGGCGCUGCCGCAUCGAAAGAGCAACAAGACCACCUUCUUCGAGGUCGACCGGCCGCUCCGGCCGCCGCGGGGGAGCUCGGGGCCCUGCUCCACGCUCCUGCUCUCGCACUCCUUUGCGUUCACGCUCACCAAGCCGCCCGUGUCCGCGGCAUACUCGCCGCCGUCGUGCCUGCUCGACGCCGGCGCGGCGGUCUCCCUCGCGGUGCUCGAGUGGCGUGCCGAGUGUCGCGGAGUGCAGUACGACCGCAUCUUCGGCGUCUGGCUCGGCGGGGCGGAGCUCCUGCGCGGCAGCACCGCCGAGCCGCGCCCCGGAGGGGUGACGUGGUCGGUGUCCAAGGACGUCACGAGGUACGCGUCCCUCCUCGCCACCAGCAACUCCACGCUCGUUGUGUACCUCGGCAACCUCAUCGACGACACCUACAACGGCGUGUAUCACGCCAACAUCACGCUCCACCUCUACUUCCGUCGCGCCGCCCGGUCGGCGUUGGCGGCGCCGGCGCCCGCCGACGUCGUCGUUCCCGUCUCCAGAAGCCUGCCGCUCAACGAUGGGCUGUGGUUCGUGGUCCAGAACGCCACCGACGUCCAGUCCACGCGCCUCGCGGUGCCCGCCAACGCGUACCGCGCGGUUCUUGAGGUCUACGUCUCGUCCCACUACUCCGACGAGUUCUGGUACAUGAACACGCCGGAGCAGAACGGGCCGUUCCGCGAGGUCACCGUCCUGCUCGACGGCGACGUCGUGGGCGCCGUGUGGCCGUUCCCGGUGAUCUACACCGGCGGCAUCAACCCCCUCAUCUGGCGCCCCAUCACCAGCAUUGGGUCGUUCAACCUGCCCACCUACGACAUCGAGCUCACGCCGUUCUUGGCCAAGCUCUUGGACGGCGAGGAGCACGAGCUCGGGUUCGCGGUGACAAACGCGCAGAACUCAUGGUACGUGGACGCCAACCUCCACCUCUGGCUCGACCCCAAGAGCUCCAAGACCACCGGCGGUCUCAUCGCGUACGACGCGCCGAAGCUGGCUGGCAGCAUCGUCUCGCACUCCGCCGACGGCAUCGACGGGGAGUACGAAUCGACAGCGAGCCGCAACAUUACGGCCACGGGGUGGGUAAGCUCGUCGCGCGGCAACAUCACCACCACGUUCACGCAGCGGCUCACCUUCGCGAACACGAACGUGGUGACCAGCCACGGCAGCGCGCAGGCGAUCAACCAGACGACCGACGCGCGCACCGACGUCGACGGCGGGGGAGCGUACGCGCAGCAGCAGCUGCGCCAGAGCUUCCCGCUCUACAUCUUCCUGGGCGGCGACGGCAGCGGCACGUCCUCGCAGCGGCUGAUGCGGCGCGUGGAGAUCGGGAUCGAGGAGACGCGUGCCCGCGGAGGCGCCACGACGAGCACGCUGCGGAACAGGCAGCAGGCGGCGGCGGAGGUGACGCUCCGUGACGACGCCGUGGUGGGCGCGUCGUGGCGGAUGCACCAGACGUACGCGUACGGCGCCAGCGACGGCGGCUGCUACCUGAGGAACGUAAGCAGCGUCGGUUACGACGUGCUUUUCGACCAUUACGACGCGUCUUGCUCCGGGACGCGCGGACGCUGACGCUGACGCUUUGCCGGCGCCUGCGCCGCGCGGGCGGGUGGACAACGGCCGGGGAAGGGACAGGGGUGUAAAUGGAACCAACACUGGUGGCCAAGUGUACUGGCCGGCCUCACCUAGUCUUCAAAAUUAUGAAUAUGACGGGUCAUUUUCACAGUCCUCAAAAUUAUGAAUAUGACGGAUCAUUUUCACAGUCUUCAAAAACUGUUGGCAACGUAAUUUUGAGGCUUCUUUUGGAUUGCUCGAUUUUUCCUCGAAUUCGGCGGGAAUUGAAUUGUUUCCGACAGAAUUCCUGUGAAAUUCUAGUAUUUGAAACAUGCCUUGAUUGAAAAAAGUUUUCAACUCAGCGAAUGAGUCUUCAAUUAUGAAUAUGAUGGUUCGUUCCA